AUGGGAAAGUUGAGGAAAGGAAGAAGAUCCCAAAAAUCGAGAACGAAUCCUGUUGCUCGUAAGGAUGGUUCAUCGAAACAGGACAUAAAGGAUGAGAAUACCAGACAAAACAAGAUCGUCCCUUUGAUCUCGAAGUUAUCAUCCUCAGCUCCAAAUGACAGAUCCGUAGCACUCAGUGCUAUCAUGGUUCUCGCCGAAGAUGCGAGGAUGAGAAGACUUCUUCUCAAAGAGCGUCUUGUGACUACAUUAUUGGAGCAGACCCUCAAUGAUCUGAAUGAUGAGAUCGUGGUUGAGCUGUUCGGCCUUUUGAGGAACUUAACAAUUGAGGAAGGACAUGAGGUGGCCAAACACUUGUGGCGGUCUAACAUUUGGGCUGCAAUUGAAAAAGGGCUCGAAAAGAUCGAGAAAUCUUUCGAGUUCAUCGACAACAAUCUGGAGAAGAAGAUGGAGAAGAAAAGGGCACUUUUGUUGUAUGAUUUCACAGAGAAUCUUUUGUCUCUCGUUGUUGCUAUUGCAGCAAGUUCUGAAGAAUUAUACGGACAUAUCUGCAGCAAGAUGGACAGGAUUCUUCCGCUUACAGUUUCGUUGGUUGCGUUCAAUACCCCAAAACUCAGGACUUCUCUCAAGCUAUUCAAUGCGCUUUUGGAUCUCCUCUAUGAAUUUGCAUCGGACUCUUCCGACUUUAUCGUGGAGCUUGUCAAUAACACAAAUUUCUCCCUAAACGCAUUAGAAAGUGCAUUACAAGAUCCUAUCCAUGACAAAAACCAUUUGGGAAAAGUUUAUGUGGAAGGUCUUCGAUUCCACAUAUACGAGGUAGACCCUGAAGCCAAGAAAGAAGUCAGUAAAGAGAAGGCGUGUCUUUCUAUACUUGGAAACAUAUUUCACACUAUCUCAGGCACGAACCUUGAUGAGAUACACAAACAGUUAAACACGACCGACACCGAGCCAGUGCAGAAGGAUAACCGCGACAAGAAGGAGGAGAAGCCUCAGGAUAUUGACGUGCCUUUUGGUGGAGUCAGUCCUGAGAAGGCUCAAGCUUCUGCAGAUCUACAGGCUAUUGAUGUGACGAUCGAUCUUUUCACAAGCUUGUGUGAAUAUCUCGCAAUUGACGAAGGUUCUAUGGAAGCCCUGGUUGUUUUGGGAGAGGAAGUCAGAUCGUUUCUUUUAGACACCGCGUUUGCAUCAUGUUUACAUUUGUUAAAGUUUGACCACGAACAUGGUUCUGGCUUAGGCCUUACAGGGAAGGUGUUAGUAGCACUCAACAAUCUCAGCUGGCUUUUUGUUACAAGCAAGGAAACUCCAGUUUCGUGGUACAAUUGUGCUUUGGAGCUCUGGGAUUCUAUCGAAUGUGUGUCAGACAGUGCAGACAUUGAUACCCAAAGACUUUGCCUCAAUAUUUUCUGGGCUCUCAGCAAAUGCCUCGGUUCGGACGUACAGAGAAAAGUGAGACCCGAAAUAGUCGACAGUUUGCUAAACAAAUGCCAAGAUGUGAUUGGGAACGCUACGCAGCAAGAUGAUCCUGCAUUGGCGUAUGAGUUUGUAUUGUCUAGCAUCGGCUUUAUGGGGACAUUGGCACAAACUAUCGGCAAUAUUCAGACUACGAGGGCCAUCGGUGAGUUCCUACUUGGGGCAAUCGACCACUUCUCACAAGGGGCAGGUCAGCAAACGCAAGCAGUGGAAAUUGUUGUGGAGAGCUUGGACCAAAUUUAUGAUAUUUUUGGGGAUGCCGAGUAUGAGUAUGACCAGCCUGUAUUUGUCGAGGGCGGGUUUCUAACACGGUUAGAAACCAUCGAACCAACCGUGCGCAAUUGCUACAAGCGCAUCGACAAGCACCGGGAACCCGAGCUUCGGGCCCGUGCAGAAGAAGCAUGGACUAAUUUGAGCCGCUUCACAGAGUACAAGCGGCAUGAAAGGUUGUGA